ACAAAAUAUAAGUAUAAUUAGCCUUAUAAUAGAGCCAUGCCUACGUCCACUUCUCUUCUUGUUUGCUUUAUCACACUUCUCUUAUUCGUUUCCAUUGCUAAACCACAUGAAACGGGUGUAGAUGUGGAUGGGAUUGGAGGAGGCAAUCUGGAUGAAGCAAAAAUAGAUUGUGGGACGGAAUGUGAUAGAAGGUGCAUGUUAGCGUCUCGGCAAAAUAUGUGUCACCGAGCGUGCGGCACGUGCUGCACUCGGUGCCAGUGCGUGCCACCGGGAACCUCCGGCAACCAAGAUGCCUGCCCGUGUUAUGCCUCGUUGACCACCCACAACGGCCGCAAAAAGUGCCCUUGAUGUGGAUUACCGACGGAUUUACAGACGGUCGUUGAUUAGUGACGGAUUUACCUGUAUAUAUACUUCAUUAUUGAGAAAUACUAUGUUCUCAUUAUUUGAAAUAAGAAUGAAGUAACAAAUAAGGAGGAGAGGAUAUUCAUAUGAGAUCCUAGAUCCUCGUUUUGUCUAUAGUUUUGUUUUUUAGAUUUAAUUUGUUAUGUGUAUGUUUAUUGGCAAAUACGGUUAUUUUAUACACUAGUGCAAUAUUAUC